CCAAAAACACUUUCAGUGAUUUAACAAUUUCAUAUAUACAUUAUAAGUUACACGUAAAAAAUUAGAUUAAAUAAUAAAUCCAUAAUUUCUUGCAUGCUUCAUUGCUUUCAACGUGAACAAGAUUUUUCACGGCAUUGGUGAGUCCAUUACGUCUCUUGAACACAUAUAGAUUUGCCUUCUUGAGCUGUCUUUUUUAUUUUAAACAUUAAUAUAAAGAAUCUCACAUUCAAGAUCGAGGGAGAGAUAGAUAAAGAAAGAGAUGUGGAGGUUAAAGUUAUCGGAAGGAGACGAAGAGAGCGUGAAUCAACAUGUUGGAAGACAGUUUUGGGAAUAUGAUAACCAAUUUGGAACCUCUGAAGAGAGACAUCACAUUAACCAUCUUCGUAGCAACUUUACUCUCAAUCGGUUUUCUUCUAAGCAUAGUUCUGAUCUUCUCUACCGUUUUCAGUGUUGGAAAGAGAAAGGAAAAGGAAUGGAGAGACUUCCACAAGUGAAAGUAAAAGAGGGGGAAGAAAGAUUGAUAAAUGAAGAAGUGGUGAAUGUUACAUUAAGAAGAAGUUUGAGAUUCUACUCAAUACUUCAAUCACAAGAUGGUUUUUGGCCUGGUGAUUAUGGUGGCCCUUUGUUUCUCUUGCCUGCUCUGGUGAUCGGCUUAUAUGUGACGGAAGUUUUGGAUGGAACUUUAACUGCGCAACAUCAAAUCGAGAUUCGUCGUUAUCUCUAUAACCAUCAGAACAAGGAUGGAGGAUGGGGACUACACGUAGAAGGGAAUAGCACCAUGUUUUGUACAGUGCUCUCAUACGUAGCACUGAGACUAAUGGGGGAAGAAUUAGACGGUGGAGAUGGAGCCAUGGAAUCAGCUAGAAGUUGGAUUCACCACCACGGUGGUGCCACUUUUAUUCCCUCCUGGGGCAAGUUCUGGCUCUCCGUUCUUGGAGCUUAUGAGUGGAGUGGGAACAAUCCUUUACCUCCAGAGCUAUGGCUCCUUCCAUAUAGUCUUCCUUUUCAUCCGGGCCGAAUGUGGUGCCAUUGUAGGAUGGUUUAUCUUCCAAUGUCAUAUCUAUAUGGAAGAAGAUUUGUUUGUCGUACUAAUGGAACUAUUUUAUCGCUUCGACGAGAGCUCUACACUAUUCCUUAUCACCAUAUCGAUUGGGACACCGCCCGUAAUCAAUGUGCCAAGGAGGACUUGUACUAUCCACAUCCAAAGAUUCAAGACGUCCUUUGGAGUUGUCUGAAUAAAUUUGGAGAGCCUCUUCUUGAAAGAUGGCCAUUGAAUAACCUCAGAAACCAUGCUCUUCAGACAGUAAUGCAACACAUUCACUAUGAAGACCAAAACAGCCACUAUAUUUGUAUCGGUCCUGUCAACAAAGUCUUGAAUAUGCUUUGUUGUUGGGUCGAGUCCUCGAAUUCCGAGGCAUUUAAAUCUCACCUCUCGCGGAUUAAAGACUAUUUGUGGGUGGCUGAGGAUGGAAUGAAAAUGCAGGGAUACAACGGAUCUCAGCUGUGGGACGUGACUUUAGCGGUCCAAGCAAUCUUGGCGACGAAUUUGGUUGAUGACUAUGGUUUGAUGCUUAAGAAAGCCCAUAACUACAUCAAGAACACUCAAAUAAGGAAAGACACAAGUGGAGAUCCGGGGUUGUGGUACCGACACCCGUGCAAGGGAGGAUGGGGUUUCUCCACUGGAGACAAUCCAUGGCCUGUCUCUGAUUGUACUGCUGAAGCCUUGAAGGCGGCGUUGCUAUUGUCACAAAUGCCGGUUAAUUUAGUUGGAGAACCCAUGCCUGAAGAGCAUUUAGUUGAUGCUGUAAACUUUAUCUUAUCAUUACAGAACAAGAAUGGGGGAUUUGCGUCAUAUGAGCUAACUAGAUCAUAUCCCGAGCUAGAGGUUAUCAACCCAUCAGAGACUUUUGGGGAUAUCAUCAUAGAUUAUCAAUACGUAGAAUGCACGUCAGCUGCCAUCCAAGGUCUCGUGUUAUUCACAACGUUAAAUUCGAGCUACAAGAGGAAGGAGAUAGUAGGAAGCAUCAACAAAGCAGUUGAGUUUAUUGAAAAAACACAACUUCCUGAUGGUUCAUGGUAUGGCUCGUGGGGAGUGUGUUUCACCUAUGCAACAUGGUUUGGUAUUAAAGGCAUGUUGGCUUCAGGCAAAACAUAUGAGAGCAGUCUUUGUAUUAGAAAAGCUUGUGGUUUCUUGCUCUCCAAACAACUUUGUUGUGGUGGAUGGGGAGAGAGCUACCUUUCUUGCCAAAACAAAGUAUACACCAAUCUUCCUGGGAAUAAAUCGCAUAUUGUGAACACAUCAUGGGCACUCUUGGCUCUCAUUGAAGCGGGACAAGCUAGUAGAGAUCCGAUGCCAUUGCAUCGCGGGGCAAAAUCGCUGAUCAACUCGCAGAUGGAAGAUGGAGAUUACCCACAACAAGAGAUACUAGGAGUCUUUAAUCGGAAUUGUAUGAUCAGUUACUCAGCUUAUAGAAACAUAUUCCCCAUUUGGGCUCUUGGAGAAUACCGCAAACUCAUGUUGUCUUUGUGAGUAUAGACUUUAUCUUUUUCUAUGUUAACUCAGAUCUUUAUCUUUGUGAGAAUAAUUAAUCUUUUCGCGUCUCCAUUCCCUUGAACCUUUUUAAAAGAGUUUUUUUUUGGGUAAUUUGCGCGUCACACCUUUUGACCAU